AUGGCCUCCUCCCUCGCCGCGCAGCUGUCGCAGAUUGCGGCGAACUCGACCAACCAGUUGAACCUGAAGGCGCAGAGAAUCGCGCAUUCGCAUUCCCUCAUAUUCGACAAGAAGGUCGCUGGAUCCCAGGACUUUGAUACCAUCUACGACAUUUGCUUUGAAGGAUUCCAGGAGCUAUGCCAACUCGACCCCCGGUUUGCGCAGUUCGAGCGCACCAUCUUCAGUCCGCAGAGCAAGACGGAAGAGCGGACGGAGAUGAACGUGGCUCAGAACAAGGAGUUGGAUACGGUCUUGGAGGCUUUUCUCGCUUUGGUUGGAGGGAGACUGUUGUUGAGUCCUGCUGUUAAGGCUGCAGACUGGCUUAUCCGACGUUUUCGAGUCCACGAAUAUAAUACCACCGCCACGAUCCUCACUUUCCUACCCUAUUAUUCCACACCCCUCUUCCUGAAUCUGCUCUCUAUCCUCCCAGAAGACCUGACACCGACAUUCAAGGUCCUUCUUCCUUACAAGAAGAGCUUGAUCAACCCUCCCCGCCACCCGCUCGUGCACAGUGCCACAACGAACAAACCAUUCCUUGCCGCAUUGAACGCCUAUGUGAUCCAAGCAAGCCGGCAACAGUCGGCUCACCACGCUCUUCUCUCCUUUUGGGCAGGAAUCUUUACUGAGGCUGUGUCUGGAAUGCUGGAUGCGUCGCGGUCCGGUCGUCGAGGCGUGGAAAAGGUGAAACAUGACGACAUCGUACUUUCGGUGCUUCCGAUUUUGAACGAUGGACUGGGCAUGAAAGAUAUUUCGGAGUUGGUGAUCGGUUGCUACAUGGUCUGUGUUGUUCUUGCUCAGAAAGCGGCCCUGCAGGACAACGUUCUGGAUAGCCUGAUGGAGGCGAUUGUAGCGUCUUGGACAGUGGAGACCGUCAGCUCUGGCCUCAUCUGUUUGUCCGUCCUCGCCCAGCAAAAGCCCGAACCUACUAUUCCGAAGCGGGUCUUCAAGGCAAUCCUCCGUCUGGAGAACCCGAUUCAGCAGCUGUCGGAGAUUUCGUCCCAAUAUAAGACAUCGCACCUGCUGCUUGCAAUCAUCGCAGGGUGCGUUGAUGAUCUCUCGAAGCAGGAGGACACCGUCCGCCUGGAUUUGUUGUCGCUCAUGUUUGAGAGUCAGAUUUUGGGAGAAUCUGAAACGGGACAGGGUAUGGGUAUUGUCCUCCGUGCCGCCAGCAGCGCUCACAAAGACGGCGUGAUGUCCUUGAAUGCGCAGACGCAUCUGGCAGAUUUGGUGCAGCACUUCACGAGAUCCGAGUCUCUGCAGCCGAUUUUCCAGAAGACCAUUGCCGAAUCAGCACUCGAUGUCUCUGCUUUGGAGCAUAAUCUCCAAACUGUCAUUGAGUCCGCGCAGGCGCCCAAGGCACUGGAAGACGUCGAAAUGGAUGAGGCUGCACCCAAGCAACAGGAGGAUGAGUUCCCGUCUCUACUUCAGUCGCUCGAAAGUGAACCCUUGAUGAAGUCGUCAUUCCUUAGCGCCCAGUCGAUCCCUGUUUUCGAUCGCCUUGCCCAGGCUUUCGCCUUGGCAAUUGGGUCCCAAGAGAAGCUCGAGUCUUUUGCCAACUUGACUGUGCUUGGAAAGUCCAAUGCCACCAAGUCUCCUCAAUACCUGUCCUUCUUCGUGAGGGUGUUCUCUGGCUCGUACCCUAUUGGAACACGCGUAACCGCUUUGAACAUGCUGUCCUCUUUCCUCAGCGAUUCUCCUACCGAUAUCGACUUCCAGGCGCUCGUCCCUUUCGUGCUAGUGGCUCUUGGAGAUGUCUCUGAAAGGAUUCGUCGCGAAGCCGCAGCUGUUUUGGCUGCGUUGGGUGCCUUGUAUAAGAAAGCCAAGAAGGAUAAUCCAUCUGUCUGGGCGUCUGACUCGCUUUACGGCCAGGCUAAGCAGUCGAAGGGCGUUAACUGGCUCUCCGGGCGUGAUAUGUCGAAAAUCUUUGAACGCGCCCUCCUCCCGGGGUUGGAAGAGUAUGUUCUGGACCCAAGUCACAUUGGGCGGGUUGUCGAAGCUACUCUGCGUGGAACUUUAGCCGAUUCCGAUGCAUCUGAGUUGAAGAAGCCUUUGCGCCUUGCGCUCUUCAGCUUCUUGUGCUCUCAUGUCGUCCAACUCCCGCUCUUUGCUCCCAAGCUGGGCUUGUUGGACCUCCUCAACCGCGUUGAGAAGGCUGGUGGAACGACUCGAACCAAAGAGCUAGAGCCCUUGCUGAAGAUGUGGCGGGAUCUUGGUGUCGAGAAAGCGAAGGAUAUUUGCGACAAAGAGCGCAUCUCUGCCGCAGAGAUGGAGGCCCAGGUUGUCAAGAUCGUUACACCCAAGGAAAAAGAUGCGAUUGUCCUGUUGCUGUCGAUCAUCAACCCAUACUCCAACUCACUGAGCCCAUCGUUCGUCGCUGCUGUGUUUGGCCGGAUGAAGGACAUUUGGGCCAAAAUACCCGAGGACCGACAGGAGUUUGCUGCUGAGAGACUCUUCGAGGUAUCACUGCAAGAGUCCGAUUCGCCUCUUGUGGACGGUUGUCGGGAAGUGCUUCGCAGUGUCCAGGUCCCUGGUCCUGUGCUCGUUCGCUUCGUUAAGCAGAUUCCGGUAUCCGUCACUGACAUAGAAUCUCUUGGACCUGCGCCGAAGAGAAGACGCACGAGCCAGAAUAACAUGGUGGCUAUGACGGUCAAGGAUGAGGCCAAGCUCAGCAAACUCAUGGAAAAGAUGACUUUUAUCCUGGAACUUGUGGAUGGCUCCAAGCCCGAAGACCACCCUGAGCUCGCCGACGGACUUUUCCAGACAUUGGCUGCUCUGCACCACUUCAAGUCGCAAAUCCAGUCUGGAAUGAGCUACCUGCUUAGUCUAGCACUCGGUAGCCUUUUGGCUAUUGUGAACAAGUCGAGAGCCACGGCCAAGCCGUUGUUCAAUACUUCGGUCAUUCGGGCUGACUUGGUGGUGGACUGUGUUCGCACGACUGAAAGCCCACAGGUGCAGAAUGCAGCUCUCCUUCUUGUGGCUGGGCUGUCGGUCAUCGCGCCGGAAUUAGUCCUGCACAGUGUGAUGCCAAUCUUCACGUUCAUGGGCUCCAGUGUUCUCCGAAAGGAUGACGAGUACUCUGUUUCCGUAAUUGAUCAGACGAUCGACCAGGUUGUCCCUGCUCUCAUCCAGUCUUUGCGCAACCAGAAACGCGAUGUUGUGUCCGGAACAUCGGAGUUAUUGCUCAGCUUCACCGCCGCCUUUGAACACAUCCCAUCCCAUCGCCGUCUCCGGCUGUUCCAUGCUUUGAUCACCAAGCUUGGAACGCAGGACUUCUUGUUCGCUGUUUUGGCUAUGCUCGCCAAUAGAUACUCCAUGGACAAAGAUGUCCUGAUUCUGAUGACGGGCCUGGCUUCGGACGCCACUGCGGCUGUUGAACUUUGUACAUAUUGCAAAUAUUUGGAACUUGUCACAGAUUCCCUGAGACCGAAGCCUGGAAUUUCGCAGGUCCUUCUUGGCAUCGGCAGCGACGAUGGCCGUGAACCCCAAAAGGUUGCAGUCGAUCUCCUUCGGGCGUUGGCUUACCUGUUCAGACAUUCGUCGAUCAAGUCCAAGAUGGCCAAGGCGUUGGCAGUGGAGGGCGGCGAGGAGUCCGAGCAGAUCCGGUCUUACUUCUCGCAGAUCCUGACACAGAUCUUGACGAUUGGUGACACGAUGCAGGAGAUGAAGGCUGUCAGCCAAGCUAGUGGAGAAGUCCUCAGCGCACUGUUCGGCACGCUGUCGCUGAUCGAUUUCCUGGACACGAUUGAGAUUUUGCUCCAACGUCCUGGUGACGAGCUCCGUCGUAAGGUGCUCCGGCUCCUGGAAGGCCGUCUGCGGCAGAACCCCGAGCGCGACAGCCCCUCCCAGAACCGGAUGUUGGACUUCCUGCCCACAUUGGUUACGAUUGUCGAGUCGUCACCGGAUAUCUUGCUCAAGCAUGCUGCCGUGGCCUGCAUCGACCGUAUCACUGAGAAGUAUGGCAAGAAGGAUCCGUCCAAGGUUAUCCCAGCGUCGAAGGCGAUUGCUGGUCAGUCAUGUAUCGGACAGGAAGACGACCGUAUCCGUAUUAUGGGCGUCUUGUGUCUUGCAUCUAUGGCGGAGGUUCUCGGCCAGGCUAUGAUCCCUGCACUGCCUGAUGCGCUGAAUCGUUCGCUGUCUCUGCUGGAGGUGAGCAUGGAGGCUGGAAAGGAGAACGCCCGAUUGCAUGAUGCUGUGUAUUCGCUGUUCUCUGCUCUGUUUGUGCACCUGCCGUAUAUGAUCUCUGCUUCGCACCUGGACCAGAUUCUGCUGCUUUCGUUCCGGUCUGCCGGUUCAGAAGAGCUUGAGGAUGAGAGCCGACAGGAGGCGUUGCGCCUGAUGGCCAGAAAGGCCGAUUUGGCGGCGACAUUUGGUGUUGUCAACCGGAACUGGACUCAAGCUGUGGCGGCCGGUCCGGAGGCCACCAAGGAGACGCUGGAGACGCUGAGUCUGGCAAUUGAGAAGCAUCCGAAGUCGGCUACGAUGAAGAAUCUGCCCGUGUUGACGGAGAUUCUGUUCAAAGCGUUCGACUUGCGUCGCGAGCAGGUUGCCCUCGGAUCCAAGGCCAAAUUCGACGCAGAUGAUCUGGAAGAGGCCGAGGAGAUUGUCAACGAUGUCACAAUCAAGAUGAUCUACAAGUUGAACGACUCGACAUUCCGGCCGAUUUUCACCAAGCUUUUCGACUGGGCCACGACGGGGAUCUCGAAGAAGGACCGCCACGGCGACGUGUCUCGUCUUACGACGUUUUACAAGUUUUUGGAAGUUUUCUUCGGUACCCUUCAGUCCAUCGUCACCGGAUACGCAAGCUACAUUAUCGAGAAUGUCGUUGCGGUCCUUGGCAAGGCCAGUCCUUCCAACCAGAACACCAGGACUCUCUGGUUAUCGACCCUGCGCAUGCUGCGGAACGCCUUUGAGCAUGAUCAGGACGAAUUCUGGCAAUCUCCCUCUCAUCUAAACCAAAUCUCCGAACCUCUGAUCUCCCAACUCGCCCAUGCCACUACAUCCUCUCUGGCCAACACGGUAAUAGCCGAGGCGGUCCCCGCGAUCACCGAACUCGCCGUCGCGGCGGACUCUACGGAUAAUCACAAGGAGCUCAACACAGUCCUGAUGCGGUUCCUUCGUCCGUCGGCGGGUCCCAGCGGCAAGGCCGCAGGCGGAGAGAACCCGCACACGCGGUUUGCAGCCCUGAAGGCGGAGCAGUCGCUGACGGAGCAGCUGGGCGAGGAGUGGCUUGCGCUGCUGCCGGAGAUGCUGCCGUAUAUCAGCGAGCUGAUGGAAGACGAAGACGAGAACGUCGAGCGCGAGGUGCGGCGCUGGGUCAAGCAGAUCGAGGAUGUGCUGGGCGAGAAGUUGGACGAUAUGUUGACGUAG